GUCACCGCUUCUUCCAAAAGACAGGAUCCAAGCAGUCUAAAGAAGAUGUGCUCCUUGAUUGGUUGCUGUUGCGAUUGUGCGGCUAAAAUUGCUUGUUGCUGCUGCACGUGCGCUCUUCAGACCCUAUGCUGUAUGGUGUUCGUCGUGGUCAUCAUCUGUCUGGCGAUCGGAUUGGGUGUCUACUUCGGUGUGUUCCACAAUCGAGACUCGAACUCCAGCACGACGACUACGACGCCCUCAAGUAUCCUACUGAAUGCGCUCCUACCGGAGGCAUUACGGGACGAGAAGGAACCAACAUGGGUGUACUGAAUUCCCAGAGAGCCUUUCCAAACGCUGUGAUAUGUGUCUAGACUAAGUGUGUGGAGUUGAGGAGCGUGUUACUAAUGCCAUCUCGCCAAAGUUGUCCCUCGCGAGGAAACUCGUUCUUUCGGAAUUGUUUACCAGUUUCAGUGCAUAUGUGUCUUUGUGCCAAAAAAUCCUUCCGAUCAAUAAAUCGCUUCAGUG